AUGAAUUCAAAGAAAAAUACUUAAAAUGAUUGCAAUUUGUCAUUAGAAUCGAACAUUUAAAUAAACAUUGAUAGUGCCGAGAACGAUGCAUUUUCAAAGAUUGACUAUAUGUAUGUAGCCCAAAGAUUUAAUGUAUUUACAGCUUCAUCUCAUUGUGACAAUCAAAAUGUUUACUUUAUUUACGCUAUGGAUAAUUUCGGCACAGAUAUUGAGAAGAAAAAAUCAAAGCCGUGCUUUAAGGCAAAUGCAGAAACGGAAUGCUAUUAGAGAAUAUCAUUGCCGAGCUCUUGUAGAUCAUUUAAUAUGGAGGUGAAACAAAACUUAAGUUCAACUAAUCAAAAAUUACUGUUUACGCUAAACAGGAAUUAUAAGUGCUCUUGCUUAUGUGUGAAUAGACCUGAUAUCAAGGUGAUAGGGUCAACGGGAAACACUAUCGGAUAUGUUAGAUCCUCUUUAUUUUCAAUAUAAAAAACAGUUGAGAUAUUUGAUGCAAAUAAUAAUUUGUUAUUUAAUAUAAAAGGUAUUUGGAAUUAAUUCUAAACAUACUGUUAUCUACCUUGUGGUUUUUGUCAAACAAUUUCUUUUGACAUCCUUAAUAGAUUCAAUAAACUGAGAUAAAGAAGAUCGGCUAAAAGAAGGGAUGUUGUUAUCAAUGCAUUCCAAUUUCCUAAAUUAUCAUCUUUCGAUGAAAAAGCUCUUAUUCUCUCAGCUGUUUUCUUUUUGGACUACAACUAUUAUGAAGAAAGAUAUAGUGAUAUGUGUUGUUUAUGCUUGUAAAAGUGUUGCUGCUCCUAAUGUAUUGAAUGA